GUUGGAUGCCAAUCAGAAGCGUCGACUAGUGAGUAUCAGAUCGGAAUCAGAUAAUUCACCACACAAACAUGAGAUUUCCUUUCCUGCCAUGGGCUCCGCUGCGGAAACCCGCGCGGGCAUCCGCGUGUGCGCGCGCUUUCGCCCGCAGAAUAAGCUCGAGCAGAAGCACCAGGCUGUGGAGUGUGUUCACCUGGAAGAUGGCACUGUUGCGCACGUGCACAGUGAAGCCCGCGGCGCGUCGGACGAUCACACGUUUACCUUCGACCAAGUCUUCGGGACCAAAUCCUCACAGCUGAAUGUGUACGAAGCGACAGCCAAGCCGCUGGUGGAGUCCGCUCUACGUGGCUACAACUGCACAUGCUUCGUGUAUGGCCAGACGGGGUCGGGUAAGACCUUCUCUAUGGAAGGAGUACCAGGCGACAAGGACUAUGAGGGCAUCAUCCCUCGUGUAAUGGCCGAUAUCUUUGACGGUAUCCAGAACAUGCAGGCAGACCUCGAGUUUAUUGUACGCGUAUCGUAUAUUGAAAUCUACAUGGAGAAAAUCCGCGAUUUACUCAAACCUACGUCGACAAACUUAAACGUGCGCGAAAGUCGUGAACGCGGCGUGUGGAUUGCCGGUGCUACUGAGGUUUGUUGCGCGUCCGCGGAGGAAAUGCAGUCCGUGAUGCGAUUGGGAGGUGCGAAUAGAGUCAUUUCAUCCACAAGGAUGAACAGUGAAUCCAGUCGAAGCCACUCUGUGUUUAUCAUCACAAUCGAGCAGCGAAAUACCGCGACAGGAUCAAUGAAAAGUGGGAAAUUAUUCCUGGUCGACUUGGCAGGAUCGGAGAAAGUAGGGAAGACCCACGCUAAGGGGCAGACGCUGAAGGAAGCGCAACACAUUAACAAGUCGCUCAGCGCCUUGGGUAGUGUCAUGAACGCACUUACGAGUGGUAAUGCCAACACGCACAUCCCGUAUCGUGACUCAAAGCUGACUCGGCUAUUGCAAGACUCACUUGGAGGUAAUUCUGAGACGACGCUGCUGGUGUGCGCUAGCUCUAGCAGCUUCAAUAGCGAAGAGACGAUGUCCACUCUCCGAUUUGGUACUCGGGCAAAGAACAUCAAGAAUAAGCCCAAGGUAAACGAAGAACGAACCGUGGCAGAGUACAAGAUUCUUGUAGCUGAAAAGGACAAGCGCAUUGCCACAUUGGAAGCCCUUCUACGGGAAGCCAAAGCCGGUGAUGGGGAUGAACCCGUCGAUUCUACUGCUGAAGACCAGCUGAAAGUAUUUGCAGCUAAAGUGGAGGAACUGGAAGACGAUCAAGCGUCCAAAGCAGCAGAAAUCGCUAGCUUGGAAGACCGAUGUGUUGAAUUGGAGGCGAGGAACAAAGAUCUCGAGGAGAAAGGACGUGAAGUUUCUUCAAUUGUUAGCCGAAAUGAAGAUUACACGAAGAAACUGGCAUUCCUGCAAAGUGAGCUCGAGGCAAAGGCAACGGAAUGCGAAGAGCUGAACCAAAUGCUGACGCGCCGGAAACAGUCUAGCCUGGCCGAGACACCUCCAUUAUCAACAGCUAGUACUGUUAACAGCGACGUCCCAAACGAUGAAGACAGUGAUAAAGGUGCUGUUGACUCGUCUUCAAUGCCUGUGGAGCAUUCAGAGGGCAGCUCGGCACUGGAAAACGAGUUCCUCCGUCAGCAGCUAUCUGCAAAAACUAACGAGCUGAAGCUUUCAACGCUGCGUGCUGAUGAAUUAAUGAAGGAGUUAACUAGCUGCCGUCGUGAAUACGAUGCUCAGAUUGAGGAGCUGCAAGAGAAAUUACGCAAAUUCGAUGUCCACGUUCGUGGGCUUGGAAAUCAAACGCCGCAGCUGAAUUCGCUAGCUACGAAAACAAAGAUGUUGCGCUCUGUUCGUGGCGGUACUCGAUCAAACUCGCAGGACAUGAGAUUGGAUACGAAGCCUCAAGACAAUACUGGAUUAGACACGUCGCCCAGUGAAUGGGAGUUGGAUGAUGAAAUAUUCCCUGUUGCACCGAUCGAUAUGGAGUCUGAGGUCGUCCAGCGCUUGCUUCGAAAUAUGCCCGAACGAGGCCGUAAGAAGAUAUCAAAGUGGCUGGGCUUCGUGCUUGAAGGACGAGAUAUCCGCUCAAACUUCCACCCAGAGAUUUCAAUUAAAGGAAUCAGCGAAGAGGCUAAUCGGGACAUGAGGCGAUUGAUCGUUCCGUUGCUGAAGAACCGCCACGACCUGAAGGUUCAAUCCUAUGUACGAACGCGUUACGUUCGGGUCUCAGACUUGAAAAUCGCGCUGGAUCAUAAGCACAAGGACGAAGUGAGACUUGAAGCUUCAGGUGAUGACGCUGCUAGUGACGAUGGAACCAGUGAAGGCACCAAUGUAGCAUACAAUUCAUCGCUGGUGUGGGCUAAAGGACACCUUUUCUACGGGCCAAAGAGCGACGCCUCCAGUACAUCAGUACUUCACGCCAGCAGAGUGCUGAUCCCUUCAAAGGGCCGAUUUACGUCUGAGCCAGUAGAACUUGGUUCCAGUAUCACCGAAUCGAAGUCAAUGUUGGAGGCACCGCGCAGAUCUUCGAAGCUAAGCCGCAAGCCAUCGCUUCCGUUCGAUGCCUUCAAUGCUCCUGGAUCGAAUUCAAGCAGUGGGGGAGUAUUCAGUCGAUUGCGCACGAAGACCGGAGUGGGUGCUAUGCUUGGUGAUGUCAAGACGCGCCUUAAUGCUCGUUACCAUAAGAACCACGUCCAUGAAAAUGCUCUAUGCGAUGGUUGCGGUAUGAGUCCCAUUGUUGGUGGCAAGUGGAAGUGUAACACCUGCGAUAACUACGAGUUGUGUGAUGGUUGCUAUGCUGCUGGUAUCCACGGCUUCGAAGUCAGCAACGAGUUGUGUCGCCACGUGGAGCAACUUGCGGUGCAGAAGCAUCGCCUGCUAGGUAAUUAUCCAGAACUCUUCGAACUCUUCCGUCGUCAUAUCUGUCACGACAACGUCAUCCAGUUCCGGCGCGUUGUGGAGUGGCUCUGCGCAAUUGUAUCGGGUGCACGUUCGCAAAAGAUCUAUCACAAGAUGAUCGUGAAAAGCGGACUCCACCCCGACAUUCGAUCACGAUUAGUGGCUCAACUUGGCGCGUUGGCUAGCGAACGCACUGACAUUUCUUUGAAGACCGAAUGGUUUGUAGAGAUGACUCCAGAGGAAGAAGCCGCGAGCUCGGACGAUGGUGCGGUUGAAGCUUCGCCUGUUGAGCUGGAUGGGGACAAACUGUCGCCGACGUCUUCGAGUGUUCGAUUGGAGACAUUGCGGAUGUAUCUGACAGAUGCGUCCGGCUCACAGCAAAGUAAUGAGCCUGGUACUCCAGGUGCACUGUUGGAUUUAUUAGAUCCGUCAUCCAGCGCCGACGCUGAGUCGUCUCAGCCACCGACCUUACGACGAACUGUCAGCGCCACCGAGGACGAUCGAGUAGGUGAGUUGCCAGACAUGCCACGGAAGCAGUCGCUGGACUUGCCUAUGCACGGCAGCCAGCGCGUCAAGUCGGUCACGCAGCUGAACAUGUAGUGUUUCCUUGCGUAUUUUUUUUACUGAAUGAAAUGCACCAUGGCGCGAGUAUCUUUG